AUGUACAUCACUCUCUACUUCCUCGUCACCCGCCUCCCUGACUCUCUUCGCGCAGUCAGGGACCACUUUCUCGCCCUUGACCCCACAGACCUCACUGUCGACCUGCUCGAGAAGCAUCUCCUUGCAGCUGAGACUAGCAUAGUCGUUGUAGCUGCUUCUCGUAACAUUCCUCGCACUCCCUUCUUUGAGGGGUGUUCCCCCUCCCCCCUUGCCCCCUCUGUCGCUUCUGCUGCUGCUGUUGACUUCCUUCGUGUUGAGGAGGUCGGGGCUACGUCUGCUCCUAGUGGGAGGUGCCGCAAUGGCAAGGGCAUGGGAGGCAAGAGUGGAAGGGGUGGCGGCGGUGGAGGCGGUGGUGGAGGCGGUGGAGACGGUGGAGGUGGCGAUGGUGGUGGUGGGAGUGGUGGUGGGGGUGGCGGCGGUGGUGGUAGCGGUGGGAGUGGUGGCGGCGGCGAUGACAGCAGUGGGAGUGGUGGCGGCGGCAGUGGUGGCGGUCGGGGUGGAGCGGUCCAGAGGGGAGGUUCUGGCGGUGGCCAAAGGCAGCAACUCACACCCCAGCAGCUUCGUCAGUGGUUUUCUCAGCGUGGGGCGCCUGGGGAUAGUGUUUGCUGCCUGUGCGUCAUUCACACAUGUGAUCGGGCUGGUCAGACAUGCGGGAAGGUUGGUCACACACAAUACCGCUGCUUCUCCCGUCUUGACGACGCCUGGCGCGCAGAGUUUGGCGACGAUGCUGAGCUCCCCCGCUGA